UGGCGUCUAUGGGAAGUUAAUGGAGUUUUCACUUCUGGCUCUAAAACGAUCACUCGUUAAGUGUCUUAUGAUCAUUAUUUCAGUGUAAAGAUCAGCACAGCGCCUGAAGAUGAGCACAACGUUGUUGUCUUGGUCUGAAAAAAUACUGCAGCUUCUGCGCCGGAUGAACAGCUUUCAUUUGCCAGGCUCUAGUUUAGAGAAAUGUCUGCGGUUCGAGAUUGCAGGUCAGCAUGUGGGCUGGAUCAGGCCGGAUGUAGCGUCAGUGCUGCACCGUUUCCCAGAUGUCUUCUGUACAGUAGCGGGCGCUAUAGAGCUCUGCCCCACGCUAGACUCGUAUGAGCGCAGGACUCAGGCGGUGGAGGUCGUGCUGCAGGUGCUCAGAGAGGAGGCGGGGUUUACAUGUCUAAAGGGGUGGAGAAAUGAGAAGUACGCGGUGAUGCCAAGGUUCUGUGACACUCCGCUGAUGGACAUAGAGAGAGCAGCGACAAGUCUGUUUGGAGUGAAGCGUUAUGGCGUCCAUGUUAAUGGAUUCAGUCGAGACAGAGAGGGGAAGCUGAGCAUGUGGCUCGGCAGGAGAUCCAACACUAAACAGACUUAUCCUGGAAAACUGGACAACCUGGCAGCAGGGGGUCUUGCGGCCGGAUGCAGUGUUAAACACACGCUGGUGAAAGAGUGUGAGGAGGAAGCAUGCAUCCCUCCAUCACUGGCACAGAGAGCACAACCUGUAGGAACCAUCAGCUACACGUACGAGGACGAUGAGGGCGUGUUCCCCGAGUGCCAGUUCGUCUUUGAUUUGGAGCUCCCAAACGAUUUCAAGCCUCAGAUUGGAGACGGAGAAGUGCAAGAGUUUUAUUUCUACCCCAUCGACAAGGUGAAGGAACUGAUCACAAGUGAGGAGUUUAAGCCAAAUUGUGCCAUGGUGGUGCUGGAUUUCCUCAUCAGACACUCCGUCAUAGAACCUGACUCAGAACUGUAUUAUCAGGAGUUUGUCGUCGGUCUGCACAGAUCAUUAUAGAAGAUGGACAACUGACUUUUUAUAUUUACAAUCAUUAUAGAAGAUGCAACCAAAAACACACCACUGUGAGAUAUGAACCUCCUAAAACAUUGACCCAAGGCUGAAUGAAACUUGAACACAGCAUGACAGAGUUACACAAAGUUUAUUUUCCAUCUGCUUUUGUAUACAAAAGAUCAUUGCUGUAUCAAAAGCUUUUAAUUUUAUAACAAUAUCAACAAGAAAACGCAGAAUCCCUCAAGAAAUCAUUUGUGUUUUAUAGCCUGGCAUUAAACAACAACUUUUAACUAAGUUUUCUUAAAACCGUAAAACUUCUUUUUGAUUUUAGAUUAAAUGAAAGCGAUGCAGAAAAGCCAGCAGAAUGUCACAGAGCUGUUAAAGCACAGCACAGACAAGAAGUAGAAAAAAAAAAAAACAAC